AUGAAUACUGGGAGUUAUCAAGAAUCUGCCAACCAAACACUAGGGAGAUAUUUUCCUCCAGACACCAAAGAGAAGCAACAGCUCAGGAUGACUAAACUCUGCGAUCCCCCAGAAAGUAAAUUGUCACCAUUUCUCAUCACCUUACUGUUAGCAGUUUUACUUGCUGAAUACCUCAUCGGUAUCAUUGCAAAUGGAUUCAUCACAGCUAUACAUGCAGCUGAAUGGGUUCAAAAUAAGGCAGUUUCCACAAGUGGCAGGAUCCUGGUUUUCCUGUGUAUAUCCAGAAUAGCUCUCCAAAGCUUCAUGAUGUUGGAAAUUACCAUCAGCUCAAACUUCCUAAGUUUUUAUUAUGAAGAUGCUGUAUAUUAUACAUUCAAAAUAAGUUUUAUAUUCUUAAAUUUUUGUACCCUGUGGUUUGCUGCCUGGCUUAGUUUCUUCUACUUUGUGAAGAUUGCCAAUUUCUCCUACCCACUUUUCCUCAAGUUGAGGUGGAGAAUUUCUGGAUUGAUGCCCUGGCUUCUAUGGCUGUCCGUGUUUAUUUCCUUCAGUCACAGCAUGUUCUGCAUCAACAUCUGCACUAUGUAUUGUAACAAUUCUUUCCCUAUGCAUUCCUUCAACUCCACUAAGAAAAAGUACUUCUCUGAGACCAAUGUGGUCAGCCUGGCUUUUUUCUAUAACCUGGGGAUUGUGGUUCCUCUGAUCAUGUUCAUCCUGGCAGCCACCCUGCUGAUCCUCUCUCUCAAGAGACACACCCUAUACAUGGGAAGCAAUGCCACAGGGUCCAGGGACCCCAGUAUGGAGGCUCACAUGGGGGCCAUCAAAGCCACCAGCUACUUUCUCAUUCUCUACAUUUUCAAUGCAGUUGCUCUGUUUAUCUACCUGUCCAACAUCUUUGACAUCUACAGUCUGUGGAAUAUUUUGUGCCAGAUCAUCAUGGCUGCCUACCCUGCCAGUCAUUCAAUUCUACUGAUUCAGGAUAACCCUGGACUCAGAAGAGCCUGGAAGCGGCUUCAGCUUCGACUUCAUCUUUACCCAAAACAGUGGACUCUGUGA